AUGCCUGGAGAGGCAGCCCCGCCAUGCACGACAGAGCCCAUCUCUGGUCAGAGCAGCUCACCUGGCUCCUUCAGCUUCUAUAUUCGGGGCCUCUGGAACCUCCCGGGGGGCCCUGCAGAUAUUGGGAGUCAGCCAGCAUGUCACUCCAGGGGUAAGGGCGAUGGAGUUGGCACCAAGGACGUCUGGUCACCCCCAGGACAGCGGACAGAGCGUCGGGCACUUCAAAGGGCGCAGGAGCGAAGCAGCCCUCCUCGCGGUGCCUGGCUCCUCCGCGGCCCGCGCGUCGAGAUCAGGGUCUGGGUGGGAAGCAAACGCGCAAUCAGCGAGAAGCACGAGCGGUGGAGGAAAAGUCCAGAGAGCUUAAGCCAGAAGGAAGCGGGGCAGCGUCUCGAGCACAAGCAGAUUUUGCCCUGCACGUCCAGCGCGCCGCUCCGGUGCCCCGGAGAAACCUUCGUCACCGGAGCCCGGAGGGGCGCGGCCGCGGACGCCGCGGAGGAGGCGGGGAGCCCGGAGAAAGAGGGGUCCCAGGAAGCGGUCCCCGGGGACGCUGAGGCAGACGCUGGCGAGGACGGGGAACGGGGCGGGCCCCAGGAGGAGGCGGAGAAGGCAGAGGAGAUAGGAGAGCCGGGCCCGGAGGGGCCGAGCGAGGAAGCCGCAGCCUUCCUCGGGGACAAGGAGGACAAGGAGGAGCCCCCCGACGGCAGCCCCCGUGCGGAGGCGGCUGUGUCCAGCGGGGCCGCGGAGCCGCAGGCCGGGCUCAGCAACCACCUGGCGGAGGAGCUCAGCGCCGAGGGCGGCGACGAUUCGGCGCGAGUGAACGGCCGCGGGGAGGACGGAGAGGCGUCCGAGGAGGGGGCCCCGGGGCAGGAGCACGACAUCACCCUCUUCGUCAAGGCUGGUUAUGAUGGUGAGAGUAUUGGAAAUUGCCCAUUUUCUCAGCGUCUCUUUAUGAUUCUCUGGCUAAAGGGCGUUAUAUUUAAUGUAACAACAGUGGACCUGAAAAGGUACCCUAAGCUGGGGACCCAACAUCCUGAAUCUAACUCUGCAGGAAAUGAUGUGUUUGCCAAAUUCUCAGCAUUUAUAAAAAACACCAAGAAGGAUGCCAACGAGAUUUAUGAAAAGAACCUGCUAAGGGCCCUGAAGAAGCUGGACAACUAUUUAAAUAGCCCUCUCCCUCUGCCUGAUGAAGUAGACACCUACAGCACCGAGGAUGUCACCAUUUCUGGAAGGAAGUUCCUGGAUGGGAAUGAGCUGACGCUGGCUGACUGCAACCUCUUACCCAAGCUCCAUAUUAUUAAGAUCGUGGCCAAGAAAUACAGAGAUUUUGAAUUUCCUUCUGAAAUGACUGGCAUCUGGAGAUACUUGAACAACGCCUAUGCUAGGGAUGAGUUCACAAACACAUGUCCAGCUGACCAGGAGAUUGAACACGCAUAUUCAGAUGUUGCAAAAAGAAUGAAGUGAAGCUGGGGUGUUUUCUGUCUUAUUUCUCAGUUGAAUGAGCUAGGCUACAAAAAGAGUAUGUUCUAUGAAUUUCCCUCCAAAGACCAUCCAUUCUUUGCAAAAUAAUGCCCAUGGCUUUUCAUUCAAAGCUAUGGUCUUGUAAUUUGUCAAAUCUCUUGCGUAUGGAAUAUUCCAGUGUCUGUUAUACACACCAAUUAUCUAGUUUAUGUUAUGUUAAUUUAUAUCAUUGACAUUCAUUGACAUUGUAAUCUAUGAUAUUUAGGGCAUGUAUUUUGCAGUCUCAGUUUCAAAGCAAAUUAAGUUUGGGUUCAAUUCCUUCCAUUUUAAAUAAAUUGGUCUGUCUGAUAGUUUUCAUAAUCACAUAUAGCUUAUUUUUCUCCUCUAAAAUAUUAGUUUAAAUUUUUUCAAAAUGAAAGUACUAUUUUUAUAAUUACAAAAUAAUACAUGCCUGUUUUAAUAUUUAAAAAGGUAUCAGAAAGCAUAAAGAAGGAAAUCAAAAAAUCACCUUAAAUUUCACUCCACUUAGGUAGCUUAUUGGUGAACAUUUUCCAACUCUUCGGUCUCUCAGACACACACAUUCACACCACACACUAUUUCAUUCAUAUAUGGUAUCAUGUUUAUUUCAAAGGACUGGUAAGGGGACCUCUUGGUAGUGCCUUGAUGAUUAUCUAUAGAGGUCCUAGAACAAACAAAAAGAUUUGGUGCUGCAGAGCUAGAAAGGAUGCUCGAAAUCAGGAUUUAAAGAGGUGGGAGAUUGUACAGUUCAUAGGCCUGCAGGGACCAGCAGAAACCUCUGAUUCCAGAAAAGGCAAAGGAGGAGAGUGCUUCUCUGUGUCUUUGGUUCCAGCUUCCUUUCCUUCUCUUGCCCCCUCCCCUCUCACAGACUCUUAAUAUCAGCCGCAACUUGGAGAAUCACCCUGCCUGGUGCUGAAAUGCGAGCCAUGCACACUUUGAGUCCUUCUAAGACCCAGCACUGCACUGCAGUGACGGUGGUAUAGUGUGGGGCCCACCGGGCUGCUCUUGUGUCUCUGCCCUUCAUAGCUUCAUGUAGAGAUCAGGCAGGGAAAAUCUGGGGAGAUUAAAUUCAUGGUGACUACUCUUGGACAGUUCUGGUAAAUGACCAAGUUAGGGAGGAAGUGGAAAGUAUUGACGCAAAAGAGUUUCUGGUUUAUCUGUGGCUUUUUCUGCACCACCCCUGUACCCAGCCUCCCCUCACAGCUUUGUCUGUGGGCUGGGUUGCUGAGCUCUAAUCCCAGGCGCAGAAGAGAAAAUGCGUGGCUGUUUAGAUGUCCAUCAGGACCUCACACCUCACAGGACUGGAGUGUAGCCUCUCAGACUGUGGUGCUCUGACAUUCACACACAUCUUACAGAAAAGCCUUCUUGUAGAGUUGGGUGUGGCGUGUGGUUGAUGUUAAAAUGCUCAUUUUUCAUUUGCACAUCUCAUUUGAAGGAGAGUAAAAUGCAUUAACAGUAACCAUCCUGGGAUUUGGUGAAAAGUGUCUAGUAAAGGAAACAAAGGCUUUAAUAUAGUGGCCACUUUCCUUUCCCGCUCGCUGGAUGCAAUGGUUUUACCCUGGCAGUCUUCCUUUUUCCACAAUCACACAUUUUUAGAGGUCGUGUCUAGUGUCACCAGUGUCCACAUUGUUUCAUAUCUGUUUAGAAGUCAGAAUUUUAGUCUAGUUUUAUAAUGUCACAUUUAAACUUGGUAAAUAAGUCAGACGUUACUUGUGUUAACUUUGUAUUUUUAGAUGUUAAAAUGAUCUACAUAAACUGUGUGCCUUAAAAAUUAAACAAAUUAUAAAAAUGUUAAA